AUGUUCGCCAUCCCAAACGGUAAUGAAAAGCAAAUGUCUAUCAAUACCCCAAGUUUACAUAACGGUGCGACUAACUACCCACGCGUUUAUUCCAACAAGUGGAUGCCACCGCAAAACCAAACCCCAGCCAGGGUGCCACCGCCUAAGGCCAAGUUCACUAUCAAGAAGGACGUUAAGAUUAGUCAAAGCCAGUACAAUCAAACUGACACUCCCGUGCAUGGGACCCAAUUCGGCAACAUAUUUAGGUCCACUUCAACCCAAAAAACUUUGGAGAUGUCAAGCGCAGGGCUUCGUGUAUUCUCAGUUCCAGUACGACGUAUUCGAGGCCUUACUCCGAUGCUAAAUAAGCUGGAAAAUUGUCCGUACAUUUUCGAGACUGUUGGUACGAUUGUCGAAUCAGAUGAGACGCCGUCUCUUUCGCAUAGUGUGGCUUUUUACCUCGAAGAACUGGCCAAUAAGUCCCGCGGUGUGCAACUCAAGUGCAAUUUUUCUGACAUCGACGGAAUCCAUCCAGAGAUUUACUAUGGUCGGAUCUACAGGUGCGUCGGAAAAUUUUCGACGAUCAAAGGCACCUUCCAGUGCUACUCGAUAACACCUUGUGAUGACGACGAGUUGAAACUGCAGGAGAUACUCCAAAUGCACUCCGACAACGCCAUCACCCAGCUGCUGCCACGUACAUAG